UGCAACCAACUCCUAUGCAAGGGAAACAACGUUGCGCAAAAGCUGUCUACGGACAACAAAAUGUUAAUCGUACAAAAAAGUGUCAGAUAAAUAUGAAUAACAAAUAUUGCUGUGCUAGAAUAUACUAUUUAUUUAAUCUCUAUUUAAAUACAGCUCUUUAGUAAGAUUUUAAAACAGUAAUUCUAGACUUAUGGCAGAAGAUGUUUGCCGUUGGUCAUCUCUAGCCCCAGGUGUUCCCCUGCUUGUGGGUGAUGAAGCUAUGUCUGAUGUAGAGAUGCCUGAUAUGGAGUUAACACAGUUUGAGCAAGCGGAAGAGACUCUUUGUUGUUGCCAUGGACGAAGACGCGUGGAUGUAGUUGCAAAAAGUCACAGAACUGUGCCCAGGCUUCCAUUGGUAGCUAUGGUCAGAAGGAUGGAGGUGAAGAGUGGCAAGCCAGGUCGGGGUCGUGCACAAUUAAGGAGGGAGCAGAUGUCAAGUCUUGUUGGUAGCCAGAGGUCAGCAUCCCUCUCUGAAGCGCAGCAAAGAAAAGUGCAAGUACCUCUAAGUGAUACAGGGCGGUCAAAUGUCAACAACAAAUGGCUUUGUGAGGAUUUUCCACCUUUAUUAGAUGCAAGUGGUCUCAGGGAGGGGGGUGCCCAUAGUUUUGGAAGUCACCAUUCUAUUGGACGAGAUGAGAUGCCUUUAGCUUUUUCUCAGGACUUUGAUGUGGCAGCUGGCAGCCAAGCCAGUAGCAUGUCAAGUUUUGAUAUCCAUCCAGAUACUGGUGUGAGACCAAAAGUGUUAAAAAAACAAUUUGAUUUUGUAAAAGCAAAUCAGUCCUUAUUAGAAGAAUAUCCACUAGCAAAAAAGACCAAAAGAGUCGGGAGUCUUACUAGACAAAACAUUGAGAAGUUCUUACAAGACAGUGACAAUAGUAGUGUCUCAUCAGCGAUAGCCUAUGCUUAUACACCAGAUGAUGCCCCCAUGUAUGAGAAAUAUGCAGUAACGCUGGAGGACAUUCGAAAAGCAAGGGGAAAAAGUCAUGGAGAAUGGAAUGAACAUAUGCUGUAUGAUAGAUUACAGUCUAGUAAUUGUUUGGAGUAUAACCAGCCAGAUCAUAGUUAUCAAAAUGAAAGUGCCAAACCCUCUGAUGUUCCAUAUUUUAAGAAUAUCACUUACUCACAGUCAACAAAUCAUAUCAUUCACCUUGGACAAGCCAUGGAUCAGAACAUCAAUUCCCCUGCUUCUUUGUCAAAUAAAAAGCCUCACAAUGCCCUUGAUUUGAAAAGGACUUCUAAUAUUGCUCACAGUGACGGUUACAUUGAAAGAAUCAAUUGCCAAGGUACUACAAUGGAAUUCUUCCACGAUGAUGUUGAACUACCGUCCAAUGGCAGUCAGUUCUCUAAUGUUUCCAAUGUUACCAAUAACAGUGAUAUUUCUCUGGAGGAGUGUCCAGACUGGGAGGCUCUUGAGGAUGACAUCUACAUGUCUGACUCGCCUGAUGAAGCCGUGGAAGUAUCUGAACCACAUCUUGCAUCAUCUGAAACAGAACAAGAAGAAGCUUUGUUUGGUAAUGCUUCAAGUGUCAUCGAUGAAAAUCAGGUUGAAAAAAUCAAUGAUCCAUUUGUAGAUGAUUUUCAAGAGGUUUAUCCUACUAUUUUGCUUCAAAAUGGUGAAAAUGCUCAUGGAAUUAAAGAAGUUACAAAUGUGGCUGAAACUCAAGAUACGAUAGGCAACAGUAGUUCUGCUGACACUACAGAUUUGAGUGAUAUUAAUUCGGAGGUGGAACAAAUCGCCAAAAGGCUCAAUAUGAAGGAUGAUAAAAGCAAUAUUGCCAAAAUAUGCAGCGCAAUAACUAUGGCAUCAAGUUUACCAGCCAUCAACACCAGUAAACUGCGGGGUAGUGCAGUGGCGGUAGAAGGUGAGGAUGUCCAUAGCUCAGAUAUGGAAGGCUUUGAAAGAGUGGUCAACCACAAGAAGAAAGCUCACAAGAAGCAGAAAAGUACUCCAAUAAAAAAGGCUCCUGUUGCCAAAGAAAACUCAAUAUGGAGGCUCUAUGGACGGGAUGUUGUGCAGGUUGAUGGGUUGCCUAGCGAUGUAGACUUAACACACCUGCACUCACUGGUCAAUGGGUUUGGUGUGAUCAAGGACAGCCAAGUGAGGACCUUGAAUUCCAUGAUCUCAGUUAGAUACAAGUUGGUGAAUGAAGAAGCCUGUGAAUUCUGCGCCCAAUGUUUGCACAACUCAGAAUGUAUAGUACCAGGCUCUAACACAACAGGAAGUAAUUGUGUGAUAUCGUGCCAGCACUUAGAUGUUUGAUUUACAAAAAAACAAACAACUUUAUGUGCCAUGGACAAGUAGCAGGGUCUCAGAAUCAGCUUUCCUAUUGAAUGUGGAAGCAUGGGGCAAUAACUUAGAGCCAGUGAAUAUUUAUUAUAUGUGCCUCUUUAUUUGAAAGAGCAGGGCUAUAUUGUGUAUUAUUUGUGUAUGUCUGUACAGCAAACCUUCACUGUGCAUCAAUUAAAAACUCCCUGCCUUUGUAUUCAAUUUUGGUACCUGGCUUGAUUAUGAUUACUAGUAGAAAGAAUCCAUAUUGAUGUUAACCAUUUUGUGACUGAAUAAUAUCUACAAAAUGCUUUGAUAUAUGAUUAUGUAAAUUCAUGUUUUUGUUAAUUGAGAUAAGAUUAUGCUGCUUAUUGUCCCCUACCAGUUUCACUGGAGGGGACAUAUGGUUUGCGCUCUGUGUGUCUGUCAGUCUGUCUGUCACACUUUUCUGGAUCCGGCGAUAACUUUAAAAUUUCUUAAUAUUUUUUCAUGAAACUUGAAACAUGGAUAGAUGGCAAUAAGGACGUUAUGCACGUCAUUUCGUUUUGUUCCUACGUCAACAAUUCUGGUUGCUAUGGCAACAAAUAAAAAAAUAAAUAUAUUUUUUAUUUCUGACAAUGGUAGAGCCGGUAGGGGACAUAUAUUGCUUGGCAAUAGUCUUGUUAAUAUUGAAGUCAACAUGUCUAAGGUCAGGGUCACAACGACUUGAAUACCAUCGCUACAGAAAAUCUAGGGAAUGCAUUAACCUAGGAUCCUAUACAUUAGUAUGCUGCUUUGUCAUAAAGGAAGAAAGGCCCCUGUUAAUUUGCGGGUCACCAGUUCUAAAUUCAUAGUCUCAAUGGCAUGCAAUAUUAUAAUAGUUGCACAUAUUUACACUUGGCUGCAUCUUUUGAGGGCAAACAUACAUGUUUUACAAACGUCUCUUGUUAGACGUUGGGUUUAACUUCAAUGUUGAACUGACAACUUAUGGAAUCCUGAGUUCUAGGUUGCUUAUCGCUGCAAAAGGACUGAUUGGUGAUGUGGAGCACAAGUUACUACAAACUUGUCAAACUGAUCUCAAUUUACCUGUCAUUAGUGUAAAUUUCUAGAGAGAUUGCUCUGGACCAAAGGGUUAAGGGUAAGUGGGGAGUCCCCUCAUUUACAUGCGUAUUUUGUUUUUUGAUGCCUGAUAAUCUCUUGUGUUAGAUCUCACUAUUUCCUUGCUUACUAGGUUGCAGAUUUUCUAGUCAUAGUACAUAGCAGCUGUAAAAACUUAAAGAUUCUGUGUAUACGUCAAGCAAACGAAACAUAACAUAUCAUCAAACUACCACUAUGUUGUAACAUAUAUUUAAAAAAAAAGAAAGAGAAAAUUAACCUAUUUUAUUGCCUCCUAUUUUUGUGAUUAGACUUAUUCGCACAGAAAACAUGCGCAAUAUCCUCUAUUUAUGUUGAAUUUUUUUAUGUCAAUUGUAACAUCGUUUAAUGAUAUGUUAUAAAGUUUCAUUUGAUGUGUUAUAAUUUUCAUCUGUUACCCUUUUAUUUGCCUUUUAACAGCAUUUUGAUGCAUUUUAUUUAUUUUAAUGGUGUUCACAAAUUGAUUUGAAUAAAAACAGAAUAUUUGCAAUUCCGUUAUAAUUUAUUGUAUCAUAUAAAUGUAAUAUUUAUUUGUGUAUAGUGUGUAGGUCAAUAAACUGCUGUGUUUUUUAUGUCCUCCAGUCAAUACUGUAGGACAUGUUGUUUUAGUCCUGUCUGUUUGUGGAUUUGUUGGGUUGUUUGCAUCAAACUUCAACAUUAGCCAUAACUUUUGCAAUAUUGAAGAUAGCAACUUGAUAUUUUGCAUGCAUGGGUAUCUCAUGGACCUGCACAUUUUGAGUGGUGAAAGGUCAAAGGUCAAAUAUAUGGGGCGGACAUAGUGUUUCACAAACACAUAUUGUUUUGUAUUGUAAAUGCACCAGUGCAAUCUUAAAUUAUUGCUUGUAUUUAGUACAUAUAAAGCCUGUAAAUAUUAACUUGCCUAGGACCAGUAUUUUUGAAUACAAUGAAAGAAGUUCUACGAUGCUUAUUAUGUUUUCAGUACUCUUUUAAGCUUUAAUUGACGAAAGAGUACAACCGAGAAACUAAUAGUAUUGUUAAACAUGUGAAACAAACAAUGUGAACAUCGUUAAAGAAAAAAAUGUAAGUAAGCAGGUAUGAUGUAUAGUUUAAAGUGAUAUUAUGGGCAUUUUUAACCAGGUUUUCUGAAGGAAAAAACUGGUUAUUAGAUUGGCGAAUGCGGGCGGGCUGGCUGGCUGGCUGGCUGGCUGGCGGGCUGGCGGGCGGGCGGAACAAGCUUGUCCGGGCCAUAACUAUGUCGUUCAUUGUCAGAUUUUAAAAUCAUUUGGCACAUUUGUUCACCAUCAUUGGACGGUGUGUCGCGCGAAAUAAUUACGUCGAUAUCUCCAAGGUCAAGGUCACACUUUGAGUUCAAAGGUCAAAAAUGGCCAUAAAUGAGCUUGUCCUGGCCAUAACUAUGUCAUUCAUUGUGAGAUUUUAAAAUCAUUUGGCACAUUUGUUCACCAUCAUGGGACGGUGUGUCGCACGAAAGAAUCACGUCAAUAUCUCCAAUGUCAAGGUCGCCACGACUAAAAAUAGAUUAAAAAAAAAACAAACUUACAAAGGGGGUUAAUUUUGUUUGUUCAUUUCAAAAGUUCAGUUUGAGUUUUCUCCUUUUAUCAGAUUUUUUUUCACAAUGAAAACCUGGUUUUGUGACAAUUUUGUCCCUUGUUCACUGUUGAAUUGAGCUGAAAAGAAUUAACAGGUCAAGAGAGUAAGUUAAAAUGUGGUUACUGACCAAUUAUCUGCAACUCAUCUUGCUACCAGUUGUUUAUAAAAAUAUAUUUUAUAUUCGAUAUUUUACGUGACUCACCCAGUCCUGUAAGCCAAAAUGAUCCGUAAAACAAAUUUGUGUCUUUGUGGCGUAUAAACGAAUCUGCACUCAAACUGAAUUUAGGUUCACAUUGUACAUGCGUGAUCAGUUGUCAAACGAAAGUACGGUUGAUAUUCAAAUGCAUUAUUUUUGUCUUUCCGGGAUAUUGUUUUAGUAUAUUGAUGCUGCAUUAACAAAUAUAUGUGUAUAUGAAGUGAAAACAACAAUAAUAAACAACGGUUGCGAUAGACACUUAUGAACUGUUAGAUGCCCAUAAUAUCACUAAUCAUCAAGACGCAUAUGUAGUGCUUCUUACUUUGUGGCUAAGUUGCUAACGUUUAAUCACACGUACACGAAGCAGUUCAAUAUUGGCACAAUGCCAAAAUGGUUCUUCUAAUAAUAUAAAUUAUCAGGCUAAUGUUUGCGAGCUGUGACUAUAUAAUGCAUUUAACUUGUCAGGAGUUGAUGUUAUAUAAUUUCGUUAAUUUUACAUAAGCAUGCGUUGUAUGACGUUUAUUGUUCCCUACCGGUUUCACCGGAGAGGACUUAUAGUUUGCGCUCUGUCUGUCUGUCUGUCUGCGAGUCUGUCUGUCACACUUUUCUGGAUCCUGCGAAAACUUUAAAAGGUCUUCAUAAUUUUUCAUGAAACUUGAAACACAGAUAGAUGGCAAUAUGGACAUUAUGCAUUUUAUUAUGUUCCUACGUCAAAAAUUCUUGUUGCUAUGGCAACAAAUACAUUUAAAAAAAUCUGACAAGGGUGGAGCCGGUAGGGGACAUAUAUUGCUUGGCAAGAGUCUUGUUUUUCGUACGGUUGGUUAUUAGAUUGGCGAAUGCGGGCGGGCUGGUUAACCAGGUUUUCCGAAGAAAAAAACUGGUUAGUAGAUUGGCGAAUGCGGGCGGGCGGGCGGAACAAGCUUGUCCGGGCCAUAACUUUGUCGUUCAUUAUGAGAUUUUAAAAUCAUUUGCCACAUUUGUUCACCAUCAUUGGACAGUGUGUCGCGCAAAAGAAUUACGUCGAUAUCUCCAAGGUCAAGGUCACUAUGUGAGUUCAAAGGUAAAAAAUGGCCAAAAAUGAGCUUGUCCGGGCCAUAACUAUGUCGUUCAUUGCGAGAGUUUAAAAUCAUUUGGCGCAUUUGUUCACCAUAAUUGGACGGUGUGUCGCGCGAAAGAAUUACGUCGAUAUCUCUCAGGUCAAGGUCGCCAUGACUGAAAAUAGAUUGAUUUUGAAAUAAAGGGGGAUAACUAUGAACAUAUCUGUAACAAUGCAAAUUUUGAUUUGUCUCCCUUUAUCAGACUUUUUUUUAAAUCGAAAACCUGGUUUUGUGACAAUUUUGUCCCUUGUUAUUUAUUAUGUUCAUCAUGUUUACGCAUUUAAAGAGUAUUCAAUUUGGCGAAAUAAAAUGCAUGGAAACAUC